AUGGAAACAGAUAGUAGCACCAAUGAUUCAUCCAUUAAAAACCUCAAUGAAGGCAGUGGUUCUAAACCUCCAUUACCUUCUAAGUUUAAGGACAAAGGAAUGAAAAAGAAACCUAGGCAGCAAUCUGAAGUAUGGGAUCAUUUUACAAGAAAUGAAGAUGACCCUUCUGACCCUAGAGCUGUGUGCAACUAUUGUGGUAAAAAUUAUGCAAGUGAUACUAGAAAAAAUGGGACAAGUACUCUUUGGAACCAUGUCAACAAUCAAUGUAAGAAGAAUCCUUACAGAGUAGAAGAUAAGAAGCAGAAGAUUUUACAUUAUCUAAAGAAUAGUGACAAUGAGGAUGGAAGUGUUGGAGGUAGUAAUCUUCUAGCUGUGGGAUUUAGUCAAGCAACUUGUAGGAUGGCAUGUGCCAAAAUGAUUGUCAUUGAUGAAUUGUCAUUUAGGUUUGUGGAGCAAGAAGGUUUUAGAUUAUUUUGUGGUGUUGCAUGCCCUAAGUUUGAUCCUCCUUCACGCACUACAAUUGCUAGGGAUAUAAUUAAUCUUUACAAUGAUGAGAAGAAGAAGUUGAAGUCAUUUUUUGUUAAGAAUUCACAAAGAGUCUCCCUUACUACUGAUACAUGGACUUCCAUUCAAAAUGUCAAUUAUAUGGUGCUUACGGCUCAUUUUAUAGAUUUUGAAUGGAAAAUGCAAAAAAGAAUCUUGAACUUUUGUCAAAUUCCAAAUCAUAAGGGAGAGACAAUUGGUAAAGCAAUUGAGGCGUGUUUGAAACAAUGGGGUAUUGAGAAUGUUUUCACAAUCACAGUUGACAACGCUGCUUCUAACAAUGGGGCUAUUGGGCACAUGAAGAAAAGAUUGCAAAUUUGGAAGAGUGCUAUUUGUGAUGGGGAAUUCUUACAUUUAGAUAUGUUAGAGCUUCUCCUUCAAGGUUGGCAAGAUUCAAAAGUUGUGUCAAGAAUACUUGUAAAGAAGAGAAGGCUCUUGUGUGCUUGGAUGUGCCAACAAGGUGGAACUCCACUUAUUUAA